CAAGCCAGCCAGACCGCAGCACUACCGUAUUCUGGAACUGUACGUCGUCUGUGUGACUCGCUAAGGGCGUCACCCAGCUCUGCUACGCUCUACAGUUGCUACACGCUGAGACGACUGGGGGAAAGAUGGUCGAUUUCUUCUUCUCGCUCGUCUGCUCGCCCGCAGCCGUGGCCGCCGUAGUGUUGGCAAUGUACUACGUCUUCCCUUCGCCCCUCGUACAAGGCUACCUCAGGUCAGCCGCUAAAACCGGUGUUCGUCGUAUAUAGUGUCGUAGCUAUAGUUACCCCUCGGCCGUGUAAGGCGUCGGCUGCUAGAGUUUGACCUCGCCUUGUUUGCGGGGAAGACUGCGGGCAUAUAAGAUUCGGUGGUUACAUUUUGGCCGGACUUCAGCGAAAGUCAAUAAAAACCAAAAACUUCCACUUCGGCUACUACGAGCGUUCUCCCCUCCCCCGAAACGGCAACAGAGACGCGGCGACGAAACCGGACGCUGCUGGUACGACAAACUCCGCCCACCCCACCCUCCUCUUUCUUCACGGCUUCACCAGUAACAAGGAGUCAUGGGUUAGAGUCGUGAUGGGUCUCCCGCGGCAAUGGCGGAUCCUGGUUCUGGACAUGCCGGGUCACGGGGAGUCAAGUUUCGAUCCGACCCAAGACUACUCACCCUUCGGAAUGGCAGAGAAAGUUGACAUGUUUGUGGAGGCAGUGGGUUUGGAGAGAUUCCACCUGGUUGGCGAAUCUCUUGGAGCCUGUAUCUCCGCCUCUUACGGCUCCACAUAUCCUCACAAGCUGGACUCUCUCACCCUCCUGUGUCCCCCCAUCACCCACAGACUCAGCAACGGAGUGGCCACCAAGUACAUCAAGGAGUUCGAGGUCACAGGUCAACUCUCGCUCCUCUUCCCGCAGUGUCCCGAUGAAUUCCAACAGAUGAUAGACGUAGUUCUCUACAAUCCUUCUCUCUUCACCUUCCACUACCGCAUGAGGCAGGCACUCCUCUCCCUUCAAAUGGAGCACUACCAUCACUUCGAUAAAAUCCAGAAGGACCUGCGGAAGACGCAGGAAGGAGACAGGGAGGUGAGACAACUCGCCAAGAACAUCACCAUGCCACUCUUCAUCCUCUGGGGACAACACGAUAGGGUGUGUGACGUGUCGGGAGCGUCCAUUCUCCAUUCCCUGGUUCGCGGGUCGCGGGUCCAAGUCCUGGAGAGGUGUGGCCAUGCCAUCUCUCUGGAGAGACCGAGGAAAUGUGCACAGCUAUUGACUGACUUCAUCUCUCAUACUGCCGCCGCCACAAUCAGACCCACAGCCCCUCUCCAUACACCACCUCACUUCGCCCCAAUAGCUCCUCCUGUUAUGUGUUGAAAAUGGCGCCUCCGACGUAUAUUUAAGUUGAAUAAGAAAUUUUGAUCAUGUCAUAAAGACAAAAGCCGCACGCGUAACGAUAGCAAUAGUAGGCCUUGGUUUUUUAGUGAG